GAUAACCCGGAGCCGAGGCCGGUGCAAAGCCAAAACUCGAAACGAUAUCAGUUGUGUGUGAAACCCGGUUUGGAUCAAAUGGACCACGGGGAGAUGGUUCUCUCCGGCCAGGUCACGAUCGACGGCGCCUUAACUCAGGUGACGCUAACGACCGGCGGCCAGCUCCGGUGGCCCGGCCGCUGUCUGGUUAUAAAGAAGGAGGUCCUCGGCUUCUCCGUUGAAGGAUCACAGAUCAAAAUCAGGGCUAUUGUGGAAAGAGGAGCUGGAAUCUGCUGCGGCGGCGGCUACACAUCGCCUCUUCUCCGGAAAACAUUCACUUUCGAUUUCCGGUCCAUUUCUGAGGAAUAUCUCCGGCUUUGGAGCCAUAAACUCCAAGAAUAUUUAGAUUCUCUCGGCAGGCCGAAAAGAUUAUUUGUGUUUGUGAAUCCGUAUGGAGGAAAGAAAUCUGCCUCUAAGAUUUUUCAUGAAGAGGUAAAACCACUCAUUGAGGAUGCAAAUAUUGAAUAUGAAGUGCAAGAAACAAAAUAUCAACUCCAUGCCAAAGAAGUUGUUCAUAGCUUGGAUCUUUCAAAGUAUGAUGGAAUUGUUUGUGUUAGCGGAGAUGGAAUUCUGGUUGAGGUAGUUAAUGGACUGCUUGAAAGGGAGGACUGGGAGACUGCAAUUAAGAUAUCCCUUGGAGUAAUACCUGCAGGUCUUUUGCUUUUGUUCUUUAUAUCCAUCUUUCAUAUUCGUGUUACAUAAAUAGUUUUUCCCCAAAAGCUAGUUAUGGAAGA